UUGCUCGGCUAUGACCGAAUCAGAUGGGACGUUUCUGGGGAAAAACCAACUCCCAAUCGGAUUGAAAAUUCCCAGUCCCACUCAUCUGCUCAACUACAACAGCAGCAGCAGCAGCAACAACAACAGUCAUGUCACGCGAAACCGCCUUACUCAUACAUUAGCCUAAUCACAAUGGCCAUUCAAAAUUCUCCAGUACGUAUGUGUACUUUGUCUGAGAUUUAUCAGUUCAUUAUUGAUCUAUUUCCUUACUAUCGACAACAUCAACAACGAUGGCAAAAUUCCAUUCGGCAUUCGUUAUCGUUCAAUGAUUGUUUUGUCAAAGUUAGUCGUAGCCCGGACAAACCGGGCAAGGGAUCAUACUGGACAUUACAUCCUGAAUCGGGCAAUAUGUUUGAGAACGGUUGUUAUCUACGUCGUCAAAAACGAUUUAAAGAUCCCAAACGAGAAGCAGUUCGUCGAACUCAACGGGGUACACAAUCAGUUCUACGUGGACGUGGAUCUGCUGGAUCUGGUCACACAACCGGACUGGUUAUUGGUGAUACAAGUCGUGGCCGGAUUCCCGGAAUGGAAGAACAGCUG